AUGAAUCUAUCUAUCUAUCUAUCUAUCUAUCUAUCUAUCUAUCUAUCUAUCUAUCUCUUUUGUUCAAAAUAUAUAUCCCUAUUACUUUCAAUGAACGAAAUAGAAUCUAAUCUGGUAAAUAUUUAUGUUAUAUAUUCAUAUACUCUAACGUGCACACCCACUUCCAUCUAUCUCUAUUCAUUAUCUAUCUAUCUAUCUAUCUAUCUAUCUAUCUAUCUAUCUAUCUAUCUAUCUAUCUAUCUAUCUCAUUCUAUUCAAUAUCUAAGUAUAUAUAUAUAUAUAUAUGUGUGUGUGUGUGUGUGUGUGUCUAUCUCAUUCUAUUCAUUAUCUAUCUAUCUAUUUCAUUCUCUUCAUUAUCUAUCUAUCAUCUAUCAUAUCAUUUUCUUCAUUAUCUCUCUAUCGCAUUUUAUUCAUUAUCUAUAUGUGUGUGUGUAUAUAUAUAUAUAUAUAUAUAUAUAUAUAUAUAUAUAUAUACCUAUUUCAUUCUCUUCAUUAUCUAUCAUAUCAUUCUCUUUAUUAUCUAUCUCUCUGUCAUUAUCUAUCUAUCUAUCUCUCUCCCUCCCUAUCUAUCUAUCUAUCUAUCUAUCUAUCUAUCUAUCUAUCUAUCUAUCUAUCAUGUCAUUCUCUUUAUUAUUGUAUAUCAUUGUAUUCAUUAUCUAUAUAUAUAUAUAUAUGUAUCUCUCUCUCUCUCUACCUGUCUCAUUCUCUUCAUUAUCUAUCUAUCUAUCUAUCUAUUUAUCUAUCUAUCUAGUUUAUCUAUUAAAUUAA